AUGUACGACAACAAAGUUUAUGCAAUGAUGGUUCAAAAUUUGAAAAAUCUAAUGACUAGAAUACCAAACAAUUUCAGUAUAGAGAUGGUUCGCAUUAUACGAGAAAUCAACACAUUCAAGCUAAAUCAUCAAAACAUUACAAAAUUCUAUGAGUCCUACUUCACCUUUGAAGAUGAAUUCGUGAUUGUCACAGAACUUGCGGAAUCAAACCUCUAUGCCCUAAGGGAAAACAAAGAACUAACCAAUGCUCAAAUUACAGAUAUAAUGAUCCAGAUAGUCAAAGGCACGAUUCAUCUCCACGACUAAAAUUUCAAAAUCUGUGACUUUGGAAUGGCACAAUUCAUGACAAAUUUUAAUGGUUUUGUUGGAAAACAUUUCAAAGCACCAGAAAUUAAUUUAAAUGAAGAAUUCAGCUACAGCAGUUAAGUUGACAUUUGGUCACUCGGAAUGAUCCUUUACUACCUCUCUGAAAGAGAGAUCAUACGUCUUGAAGGGUAAUAAAAGGUAUUCGAAGAGGUUCUUAACAAGAUGCUUCAAUUGAGUCCUUUAUUGAGAAUUGAUGCACUUUAGGUGCUCUUUGAAUUUAUUAUCUUACUUAAUAACGAGCCACUGGACAAGCAUUUGGAAAUGGAGGAAGAAAAGAAAUACCAACAUAAUAUUACUAAUGAUCGAAUAAAUUAAGUUGCCAAUGAAAUUGAAACUUAACUAGGUGAAUUUGACUUAGCGGCUAUUGAUAAGAUUCAUCCAAAUUCUAACAGAAUCUUGAGUCAAUAUGAUCAGUUAAUUACACUGUUAAAAUCUCAAAAAUUCAAAGCGAUUGAAGCAGAAGUGGCUAAUACCCUUAAUAGUGACUCAAACAGAAAGCAAUAGUUGUGCAAGGAUUUCUCUGAAAUUUUGACAAAAAUGGCAAGAAUGAUUGGUCAAAAUGAUUUUUAGAAUAUUGCUUCAAAGAUAAACUUAUCAACCAUUGAUGAGGAUGUUGUUGAAAGGGCUGAAUUUGCUGUGACAAUAAGUUCUAAAAAUACUGUAGUGAAUGAAAUUAUAGAGAGUCUUGGAGAUUUCAACUACGGCUCAAUUGACAAGAUUCAUUCAAACCCAAACAGAGUCUUCAAACCACUUGUUGAAUAUACAGAUGGUACUAUUUAUCAAGGGGAAUUUGAUAUUGUAACAAAUUAAAGAGAUGGAAGAGGCAGAUAAAUUUACAGUAGUGGUUCAGUCUAUGAUGGAUUAUGGAAGAAUAAUGAAACAAAUGGAUAAGGAAGAGUAAUUUAUUGUGAUGAAUAAUGGUUAGGAGAUUACUACAUAGGUGAGUGGAAAGAUAGUAAAUAUCAUGGAUAUGGAAAAUAUUAUUGGAAAGAUGGUAGAAUUUAUGAAGGUCAAUGGGUAAAUAACAAUACAGAAGGAUUAGGAUUGUUUAAGUUUAGUAAUGGUGAUUAGUAAUAUGGAUAAUGGGUGAAUGGUAAGAGUGAAGGUGUUGGAGUAUACGCAUUAAAGAGUGGAGAAAUUAGUCUUGGAUAGUGGAAAAAUUGUGAUAUUCAUGGUAUUCAGAUGUCUAUUCCAAAAGAUGGAGGCUAAAUAUAAAUAUAGAAAUGGCAGAAUCAUAAGUUUAUAUAGACACUGCUUAAAAUAGAUAAUAAUGCUUGA